UAUCACAGCCCUGUGCGGCGCGGAGCUCUAGACACCAAAUCCAUGCUGUGCCUUUAAAUCCCUCCUCCUGGCAGUGCCUCCCCCCAUCCCUGUCCCUGUCACUGACAUCCUCUGUCUAUGUGCGGGCUGGAGAGCGAGCAGCAUCCAUCCCUCAUCCCUGAUCAGCAGGGUACCACCACACAUCAUCCAUCUCCCCCUCCCCUGCCACUCCAUGCCCCCCUCCCUGCCUCUCCCCCUCUCCCCAUUGUCUCUUUGUCUUCUCCUAGGACUCUGCCCCCUUUUGUCCGUCCGUCUGUGUUGUGCCCCCCUCUCCGGUGUGUGUGUGUGUGAAUAGUGUCCCCCCCUGAGCGGUGUCUCUGUGUCUCCCCCUCCCCCACCCCACCCCUUCCCCUUCCCCGUCUCUCGUCUCCAUCCUCUAUACUGCCGCAAUGGUACAUGUCCUGGCCGCUGGCAGCCUCUUCUUCCCGGGUCUCUUCCUCCUCUCCAAGGCCGGACUGCGGAGGCUGAGGAUUUUCUGUGGGGAGGAAUCCAACAUCGUCAUAGUGUCAGCAAGACUCGUCUCCUCCAUCCAAGCUGUCUUGGCCUCCACCGCCGGAUACAUAGUGGCCUCGUCCUGUAGAUACGAUGUCAUCGAGGACCGACAUUGGUUGGCUGCCACCUACACACGCUUUGCCGUCCCAUACUUCAUAUACGACAUCUAUGCCAUGUACCUCUGCUACUGGCACAAGCACAAGUUGAAGGGUCACCCAGGAGGCUGGGCACUCACCAAGGCCUACCUGCGUAAGGAGUUUCUGAUGGUCCUGCACCAUGUCUUCAUGGUGGCCGUCUGCUUCCCUGUGUCUGUGGUGAGUAAGAAGGGAAGGGGGGACUUCUUUUUGGGGUGCAUGCUGAUGGCGGAGCUCAGUACCCCAUUUGUUUGUCUGGGGAAAGUCCUCAUCCAGUAUAAGAAGCAGGACACCCUUCUGCACCGGGUCAAUGGCGUCAUCAUGCUUGUGACUUUUUUCUGCUGCCGCCUCCUGCUCUUCCCCUACAUGUACUGGGUCUACGGGCAGCGGGUCGGACUGCCCCUCUACAGGGUCCCCUUCAACCUCUCCCCGGAGUACAACAUUGGCGCGGCCAUCCUCAUGGCGCCUCAGGUCUACUGGUUUUACCUAAUCUGCCGAAGAGCUUACAGUCUGUUCCAGCAGUCUAGGAUGAGCCAGCGACCCGGCAAUGGACAUGGCCCCCCAGCCAAAGACCAAGACUGCUCGCAGUGACCCCCCCCCACCACCACCCCCCCAUAGAUGCUCCCACCCGACUGGCUCCAGAAAAGCUCAUCCCCCGAUUCCGUGUGUGACCGCUGCGGCAUAAUAGACUGUGCCUUGCUGGAUGCAUAUAGGGCACGGUGUCACCCACUGCUGUAGGGGGGUCACAGGAGGUCUCUAGGGCGCUCUAGAGAGGAGAGGGUUAAAUUAGGAAGACAUCUUGACCCCUCUCUGAAGGAUCCCACCCACAGCGUGACAGUAUUAACGGAUUCUGCUACACAUUUACCCUCUGCAGUACUCCUGGCGGCCACCGGUGUCGCUGUCACUCCCCCACAACCGUGCAAUAUACUCAGUGUCCAUCAGGGGUCAGUGUUAUUGUGCAGUUACACGGCAUGUUAGACGUUUCUGUGUCAUCCGACGCACAUGGAACCCAUAUACGUCCCCCUUUAAGGCGCAUCCUGUAGUACCAACAGUGACCACUUGGGGGGAGGGGCGGGAUGGGGGUAUAAGCUUUGUGUUAUGAAAAAACCCCAAUGAUGGGGGGGAAUAUUAUGCUCCAGUAACGCACAACAAAAAACUGGCUGAACUAUCAAAAAAAACGCGCUCCCUACCGCCCCCCAUCUGUAGUUGUGUGGGUGAGGGGGUCAAUGCUUUCCGCAUCCCUCCCUGUAGAUAUAUGGGAGAGUACUGGGCAGCAGCAUGUUAGGGGUUAAGUCUAACUGCCCGCAACAAUUAGGGAAUGGCUGCAUUGAAAUAAUAAGCUAAAAAAAAAAAAAAUACCAAAAAAAAAAAAAAAAAU